AUAAAUGCACGGUGUUUACUUGUACAUUAGUAUUUAUUGGCGGUCCAAUUCAUAAAUAUUCAUGCAUCAAAGCUUUUAACAAAUCAUUUAUCAUUAUAAUCUUCAAAAAACAAAAACUGUUUAUCAACUACAUAAAUUUACUUAAACUAGGUGAAUACCUAUAACAGCAAUGAAAUAGUAAUAAUUUGAAGUGAAAGAGUGUUUUUGCCUCGUAUUUUUAAUGUAAACCUGAUAAAUAUAAAAUGAUUUAUUCAGUAAAUCUUCUGUGUUGGUAUAAUAAUACCGGGUUAAAUUAAAAUUAAAAUUGAUCAGUUGCGGCUUGCUAAAAAUUAAAGCUCGCGCGCCACGUUAAAAAUGGAUUUCACGAAGAAAAUGCACCAAUAUUUUAAAUUACACGAUCGACAAAAAGAAUAUGGUGCUCAUACAUCGAAAGUCCAUUCUGUUGCUUGGAACUGUGACGGAAGAAGGCUUGCUUCUGGAUCUUUCGAUCAAACUGCCAGUGUUUUUACUCUGGAUAAAGACAGGCUGUCCAGAGAUCAAUCAUACAAAGGGCACACAGACAGUGUAGAUCAGCUUUGUUGGCAUCCAAGCCAUCCAGAUUUAUUUGCAACUGCUUCCGGUGAUAAAACAGUAAGAAUAUGGGACGCAAGAAGUGGGAAAUGCUCAAUAACGAUGCAAACAAAAGGUGAAAACAUAAACAUAUGCUGGAGUCCCAAUGGGCAAACAAUCGCAGUUGGAAAUAAAGAAGAUUUGGUGACAUUUUUUGAUACAAAAACAUGGAAAGUAAAGGCAUAUGAGCAGUUUAAAGUUGAAGUGAAUGAAAUUUCUUGGAAUAAUUCCAAUGAUCUAUUUUUUCUGACGACAGGAUUAGGUACUGUUAAUAUACUAAGUUAUCCGGACCUAAAGCUGAUUCAAUCGCUUAGUGGACAUACAGCCAACUGUAUAUGCAUUGAGUUUGACCCUACAGGUCGCUAUUUUGCAACAGGCAGUGCUGAUGCAUUAGUAAAUUUAUGGGAUGUAACAGAACUUGUUUGUGUGCAGACAUUUUCAAGGCUUGACUGGCCUGUUCGAACAUUGAGUUUCAGUCAUGAUGGCAAACUUAUAGCUUCGGCAUCUGAAGAUCAUUUCAUUGAUAUUUCGAGCGUAGCAACCGGUGAAAAUGUUUGUGAGGUCAAAUGUGAAUCACCAACAUUCACCGUAGCGUGGCAUCCUAAGCAACUCUUACUCGCAUUCGCAUGUGAUGAUAAAGACAAGUAUAAACAUGAUAGAGAUGCCGGAACAAUUAAAUUAUUUGGUCUCUCGAGCGAGUCCACCAGUGACAAAAAGUAAGGGUUCGAGAGCUCGCCUUAUUUUCGGAAAUUAGCAAGCAAGAUGAUGGGGUAGCGGGAGCGAAGCGUACACUCAACACAUAUGGAUGGACCACCAUGGUCAAAAUAUCACGCAACAGUGAAUUCAUUUGAAAUUAAAUAUUAAAAAAAUAAUACAAAUGUAGAAAACAUCAGGUCAUUCAUAUAGAA